GGCAACAAAUGAUUUGCUUUCUGUUACUCAUAUGUGUCUUUUCUAGGGUUUCAUAGAAACAUUCAUUUUUUAAAGCCAUGGUUCAGUGGUGAUUCUGAUCCACACUAACAUUUUAGAACUACUCUUAUAAUCUCUUUGAUUACCUCAUUCAUCUUUAUUUAUGGUAUUUCCUCUUUCUCUGUUCUACUCCAUUUUCUAAUUUCUUAGUCACAUUCAAGAGCUUACAGAUAUUAUCCUGAGUCUGAACUUUCCAGUUUUUACUAUAGAAGUUACUUUUUCUGGAAAAGGAAAAAACAAAUACAUACUUGUUUUGUUCUUUUUCAGUAUUGGAGUCCAGGUAUGAUACUAAGGUAUUAUCUCCAAAGCAGCACAGUUAUGAAGUACAGUCACCCCGGUGGCAGAUAAUGGAAAGCCUUACAAGUUAUGGUUUUGAGUGCUCAAGUUUCCAAGAUGAUUGGGAAUGCAGAAGUCAGUUUGACAGGCAAGAGGGAAAUCCAGAUGGACAUUUGAGUCAAAUGAUAAUCGAUAAUGAAGAAAUGUCCACUUUUGACCAGCAAGCAUCCCUUACUUUUUAUCAGAAAAUUCAUAUUGGAGAAAAACCCUAUGGAUAUAAUGAAUGUAGAAAAGACUUCUGGCAAGAGGACUUCCUUAUUAAUCAUCAAGGGAUUCAUACUAAUGAGAAACCCUACAAAUGUAAGGAAUGUGGGAAAGCCUUUAAAUAUGGCUCACGACUAAUUCAACACGAGAAUAUUCAUUCUGGCAAGAAACCGUAUGAAUGUAAGGAAUGUGGAAAGGCCUUCAAUUCUGGUUCAAAUUUCAUACAACAUCAGCGAGUUCAUACUGGUGAGAAACCUUAUGAAUGUAAGGAUUGUGCAAAGGCCUUUAGUCGAAGCUCACAGUUGAUUGAACAUCAACGAAUUCAUACUGGUGAGAAACCCUAUCAGUGUAAGGAAUGUGGCAAGGCCUUCAAUCGGAUCUCACAUCUUAAAGUACAUUAUAGAAUUCAUACUGGUGAAAAACCCUAUGCAUGCAAGGAAUGUGGGAAGACCUUUAGUCAUCGUUCUCAGUUGAUUCAACACCACACUAUUCACACUGGCAAGAAACUCUAUGAAUGUAAAGAAUGUGGGAAGGCCUUUAAUCAAGGCUCAACUCUUAUUCGACAUCAGAGAAUUCAUACUGGUGAAAAACCCUAUGAAUGUAAGGCAUGUGGGAAGGCCUUUAGGGUGAACUCACAACUUAAGCAACAUCAGAGAAUUCACACAGGAGAGAAACCCUACCAAUGUAAGGUAUGUGGUAGGGCUUUCAAACGGGUCUCACAUCUUACUGUACAUUAUAGAAUUCAUACGGGUGAGAAACCAUAUGAAUGUAAGGAAUGUGGGAAAGCCUUCAGCCAUUGCUCACAACUGAUUCAACAUCAGGUAAUUCAUACUGAGGAAAAGCCCUAUGAAUAUAAGGAAUGUGGGAGGACUUUAAAUCAUGACUCAACUACCAUUCAACAUCAGAGAAUGCAUAAUAGAGAAACACAAGUGAAUUUAAUAAAUGUAGAAAAACCUUCCAUCAGCACUUAUCCCUUAUUAAUCAUCAGAGAAUUUAUGUUAGCAAGCAACCAUAUGAAUGGAAAUAAUGGGAAGAGUCCACUAGCUUAGGCUAAUCACAACUUACUCUUUUUAUCUUGGAGAAAGACAUGAAGAAUGUAAUGCAAGUGAGAAUUCCUUUAUUCAGAGUUGUCCUUUAUCCUGAGUAAUAAAAUUCAUAUUGAAGAAAAAUUAUACGGAUGCAAAUUUUUUAGACCAUGAUUGUCAAAGACGAAAAGGUUGGAAAAAAUUUUGUCUCUAACACACACCAGAAUCACACUUUCUCACCACAGUGUAAUAAUUUUAACAAUAGCCAAGUGUGAAUUUUAUUGGAAAUUAAAAAGAAAAAAAAAAAAAAAACAGCCGAAUUACUCUUGGGUUAACAAGAAACUAAGGAAUGCAGUUACCAUCAGUGGUAAUGAACAGAAUGACAAUGAGAGUUUUUACAUGUCAAGAAAUGUGUGAUGUGGCUGAAGUUACUCAGAGGAAAUUUUAUGGCCUUUAAGUAUAUGCAAAACAUGAAAACCUGAAAGAUAGUACUCAAAUAUACUAAAUGUACUAUUUAAGAAGCCAGAAAAGAGAAUACCAAACACCCUGAUGAUGAAUAAAUGAACAGAAAACAAAAACAGAAAAUGAUGAAAUAGAAAGUGGUUAUCCUACAAUAAUCUCAUUUUUUAUUUCUUUCUGAUCCAAGAGUAAACUAAAUUUACGAGACUGUUUCUUAGUUUCCAGGUUGUUGUAGAUUAUCUUUUAUAAUAUCACAGACAGAAGGGGUUGGUUGCCUACCUAGCAGCCAUACCCAAUUCCCAUUCCUAUUGGCAACAUCUGUGUCUUGUCUUAGAAGCUGCAGAUGUCACAUGCUAAUUUUCAGCCCACUUUGCAGCUCAAGAUGGCCCAGAUGUUCCAGUGUAUGGCCAGUAUGUUCUAGGGAUCUACAGGGCCUUCUGGGAACGAUCUUCCUCAUUCAGAAGAGACAGAUACAUUAGGAAGACUCCCUCCUCUUUCAUUUCUUGCUUUUAAACAUUUUCCUCUGAGAACUUGAUGCCUGGAGCUGCUGCAGCCAUCUUGGAACCAAGAGCAGAAAAGAAAGGACCUCAAAGAAGCUGACCCAGCACCCUAACACUGAGCUAUGAGGCCAAUUUGGAACUGUCUCUUAGAUGCCUUGUUAUCUAAGAAAAAUAAACCUUUAUUGCUGAA